UUUUGUGCCAAGAAAUCAGCUAUACAAACAACGCUGCGCCGGAUUGAUUUGUCAAUAAAAGCUAGCCAUAAGAUUGCGUGCCGAGUGCAUUGUACCCGGUCAAAUAAACUACAUCUUUUUGUAAUAUUAUGUGGUCAUAAAAAGCAGUCAAAUAAUCGUGAUCAAAAAUUUAUAGUAACGCUGCAUGUAUAAAUUCAUGUGCAGUGGAAUGUCGCCGCCAUUUCACCGCAGGACGCCCGCGUAAAAAUCAGUAGCUUCCGUUCCACUGGCAAUACGUAUAUCAAGUUCACGUUUAGAAACACUCAUUUGCAUCUGCGCCUAAUUGAUUCUGACAUUUCAGAAUGAGCAGCAUGAGACAAACACGUUAACGUCUACUCCAAUUAAUAUGAGAAUGACUAAGAGGCAUCAAAGAAGAUCGUUUAUUGUAGUUCAGUUCAUAGAGGUACCUUCCAAGGGCAUUGAUGACUACGUAUGUGUGCCCCGUUUGUGGGCAACAUUUAUGACAUUUUCAAGUCAUAAGAUAGUUGUGGCUUACCCGGAAAACGAAGAUCCCUUCGAAACGAGAGAACGCGUCAGAAGAAAAGAGCAACCAAAUGUUUCAUGGAGGUUUUAUGCAGCCCUCUUUAAAUAUGAGUCAGACAACUUUUCUGAUGCUGAAUUAUGGAUAGCGAUGAAGGAACAUGGUCCUGUUGAAGAAGUAAAAGAUACUGAACCAGACAAGGCUUUGAAAACAGUGAAACCCUGUAACAAUCCUCGAAAACCACUACCAAGAAUUUUGAUACGACGAAUCACCUCAAACGAAAUACCUCAGGGAUCAAAUCAAAACCGGAAUAACAAGUGCUUGAAAUUAGAUAAAAAUCCUGAGCCUGUCGUCAUUACUGAUCACACAACAGCGUCUGGCAGUUCAAAACGAAAACAACCAGUAAUCACUAGCAAUCAGGUGAUUCAAAAAAAUCAGAAGAAGACAAACUACGCUUCCAAUGGUGAGAUAAACGCUGAGAAGAGUUCUCAACCUGAAGUUAUAAAGGAAAAUCAGUCAGUUGGCCUUUUAGUUCCUUCUACUUCAGCAAAACUUCUUGUUGAGCAACAACAACUGCAGCCGCCAACCGAGCAACAACUGUCGAUUCAGCCCCCAACUGGUCGAGAACCUUCACCGCAGCCUCCAAUCGAUCGACAACCUUCACCGAAGCUCAAGAGAUAUGCUGACGAAACUCACAUUAUUUACCAGCCUAUUGCUCCCAAUGAAGUGAAUAUUCAAUUUCCUGCACAUUACCUAUCGAGUCAGUCACAUCAGGAUGCCGAACACCCACAAAAAAUCCUUUUGCCCAAAUCGAUAAGUAGUUCUCCUAAGCCUCAAAAAAUCACUAAGAGAUCACGAUCACUCUCUACCUCGAAGACUCCAAGUCAGGCACUUCUAGAAGCUCAGAGAAGCUGUUUAAUCCAAGAACUGAAUAUACAGGAAAAAGUGACUCAAAGUUCUACAAAAUCUAAUAAUACAAAUCAAAUAGCUAUUUCUGAAACCCAGACGGAAGAACUAGCUCCUUUUACGGAAAACAUCAAAGAUCAAUCUAUACCAUCAUCUAACCAAAUACAGCCAACACAAUUUACUAUAGUUCAAAAUGAUCAUAACUGCCAAUGCUCUGGUAUGAAAAAAACUAUGAUCAAGGUUGUCGAUCGACAAUCUUCACCGCAGCCUCCAAUCGAUCAACAACCUUCACCGAAGUUUAUAGCUGAGCAACAUUCUUCAUUAAAGUCUUCAUGCGAAAAACAAUCUUCACGUAUUGGCGAAGACCAUCAGCGAAUUAGCAUAUCUACUGUAGAUCUGCAUGGAUCUCAGGGAGAUCUCGCUAGCUAUCAAAACGUUAUGCCUGAGCCUGUCACGGAUAAAAGACUAUCAACUAAAACUUCUCCGAGCAAUUUCAAACCGGCUCAUCAGCCUGAUUCGAUUAACGAGAGACCAACUCCACUGGUUCGUCAUGAAAACUCACUUCCCGAGCCUCACUCGCGAGAUAUAACUGCUGGACAAUCGAAGGAACCCAAUGAAAGCCAAAAAACUCAACUUCAAUGGAUAUUGACUGCGCCAAAAAUAGUACCGAAGCCCCCCAGUACAUCCAAGCAGCUUUUUCAGCAAUACGGAUACCCUCAAUCACCUUUUUUUUCAGUUAAUAGCACUUCGAAUACGAAAUUCCAAACCAAAGUAUUCAGUGGGAAAAAUUCUAUUGAAGUGGCUGAUAACCACUCAUUUCUGUGCACUCAAGACAUUAUUAAUAGCAUGCCAUCUACUUCUCAUCAUGAACACACUUCGGAAAAACUGACUCAAAUGUUAAAACUAAAAGCUAGACAACAACUUUCAGCAGCGAAGAAAGUGAAAAAUCCCGUUGAUAAUAAAACUCGCCCAGAGGGUAUGGCAAGAAAUAUUGCAACCCUAGAAUAUCCACCAAACUCAAUAAGACAACUCGGCUUACCUGGUAGUUCAACAGUCGUACAAUCUGCACAAUUUGCUCAACAUCACUUACAACAGGCACAAAUUGAUGGAUUACUCAUAAAUGACGAUAGAUAUGGAAUGAGAGAUCCCUGUCCCCAAGGUAUGAUGAAUGCACCAGCCUCACAGAACCUCUUAAAGUUAGCUCAUCAGUAUAACCCUUUUUUUGGGAUGUCACAUGAACAACAAUAUUUGCCGACUCGGGACGAAUAUCUGCAGCAAUACACACGUUGUCAAGAUAUGCUUAGAAGACCAAAUAUGACUCCAACACUAGAUCAGAAGGCUUAUCACCAAAAUGCUAUGAUGCACGGAGGAUCGGUUAUACAAAGUCAACCGAACCCGAUCAAACAGCCCAUUCAUUUCUUUUCCCAAAAUGUAAAUCAUUACGUGCCGAUUAACAACGUGUACUCACAAGAAGUAAAAAGCCAUGAACUGAUAAAGAGAUACUAUACUGAUGGAACUCACAUUAUUUACCAGCCUAUUGCUCCCGAGGAAGUGAAUAUUCAAUUUCCUGCAUAUCAUUUAUCAAGCCAGUCACAACAGGAUGCCGAACAUCCACAAAAGAAACAAAGUCCACAGAAUUAUCGAGAUCCGGAUACAACAAACAUACAAAAUGGCCUUCCGCUCAAAUCAAUACGUAGAUCUCCUAUUCCUAAACCUCAAAAAAUCACUAAGAGAUCACGAUCACUUCCUACCUUAAAGACUCCAAGUCAGGCACUUCUAGAUACACAGAGAAGCUGUUUAGUCCAAGCACUGGAUAUACAGGAAAGAGUGAAUAAAAGUUCUACAAAAUCUAAUAAUACAAAUCUAGCAGCUAUUUCUGAAACCCAGACAGAAGAACUAGCUUCUUCUACGGAAAACAUCAAAGUUCAUCAUAUACCAUUAUCCAACCAAAUACAAGCAACACAAUUUACUGGAGUUCAAAAUGAGCAUAACUGCCAAUGCUCUCCUAUGAAAAAAACUAUGAUUAAUCAAGCUACCGAAACAGAUUUAAUAAUGGAUGUCAGUCACUGUGUAGAAGCAAUCGCUGGAUCUUCUUUUUCUGAAAGCGCUUCAAGAACAGUGGAAAGUAUGUGUCAGACCGAUGAAUGGUUGGAAAAAGAAGAAGGCUCACUUUAUCAAGAGACAUCUUCAGAUUCUGAAAAUACAACAGACGAGUUUGAAUCAGAAAACGAAGUAGUUCCAGAAGCCAAUCAGGCGACUCUGACAGCUGAACAAAACCUUUCACAGGAAAAUCAACAUCAGCAAUCCAGAAUAAUUGUUGAGCAAGACACGUUGGAUACGAUUGGUACUCUCUUUACUCAAAUGGGAGCCAAUUUGUCUCUCACUCGCGACAUGUUCGAUGGCUUACGCAAUUCCAUCCUCGUAUGUACACAAACGUACAAAGAAUUAUUAGCAAAAGUUGAUAAAUUGAAUUCAAUAGAGCCCCUCCAAAAUUCUGCGUAUCUACCUAACAAUGUGAUAUCACAAGCUACUCAAAAAAUACCAGCUCGAGGUAACGAUUACACUACUAGUGUGGACAAUGCAACAACUUCGAUUCAUGAGCAGAGAGGUACGUUCUCUCUGCCACCAGAAUAUGAUCCAAAUGACACCAAGUGGACUCUAAAGUACCGAGAAAAUAAACGAGGACUCGUCGAGCUCAUAUCUCGAACUGGUGUUUACGUAAAAAAGAAAGAGCUGAAACGUUGCAUACGGGAAUCAAACGACUGUAGAACGCUGGCACGCUUGCUAUUAACAGAAGUUUUCAGCCAGAACGCUUUACGUGUGUGCUCAUGGACAGGUGGAAAAGCAAAAGCUUUUAAUUCCGUGAACAUUGACGUCAGGCCAGGACUAGAUGAAAAUGCGAGAAUGGUCCUGCUAACAUUCGUUGAACAACACGGGAAGAAAUGUGGUUGGAGCAAAGCCAACCCAUCAGCUGUUAUGAGUACUAUUCGGACCAAGAUUAAUGACGUAAGAGCCAAGUAUGAGCAGUCAUGCAAAGUUUCUCAUUAAAUAUAUAUUAUAAUAGUAAUUUGUAACUAUUAUGUAACUUUUUGGUCAUUGUUGAGAUUUACUCGGGUUAAUUUAGAGGCAUUUUUAUUUGUAUAAUAUAUAUUUUUGUUAAUUAUAUUUGAUAAUUAGUGUUACCACUCACUAUAGUAUUCUAAAUAGUGGACGGAGUGGAGUGUUCGGUUUUUGAGAACUAUUGUGAGGCAAGGAAUCAGCGACAGUCUAUCGGCUGACAAUAUUGUGUGCCUUUCUUCCUGGUAAUAAGACAUUGUAACGAGCAAGUGAGACGACAUGUGUUAGUACAUACUACGUGAUAUUGCGAUCAUCAGAGACAUAGGAUAAAAUGAAGGAAGAUGUUGCUGCUAGGUACCCAUACGUAGUGGUACAAUUUUUGCAGUUACCGCAUGCAGAUAUUGGCGACUACAGUUGUGUACCUCACUCUUGGAUACGAGGCCGCAGAGCGACAGAUAGGAGGAGCCUAGUUGCAUAUCCCGAUGAAUCUCCAUCGAUUACUAAACUGCGAAUUAUGAACGGCGAUGAACCUUCGGAAAAAUGGGAACUCUAUAUGGCAAUUAUAAAACUUGAAUCCCAAUCAUAUGAGCAUGCUUGUGAGUUCAUUAUGGAAAAAAAUCAUAAUGUUUCUAAGAAUAGUAACUCGGACAUAAUGAGAAUCGAUUCUGAACUUUUGCCAGAUACAACAAUAAAACGAGACAGUCCGCCACUGAAAAAAAUCAAGCUGCCAGACCCUCAAUCAAAAAAGAAUAGAAAUAAACUGAAAGAACUAGUGAUGAAGAAACCUUAUGAAAGAGAACACCAAGAUCAAGCCUCUCGUGAUAUUCGAUCAAGUUCUGACAAUUUGUUACUCAGAUAUCCCUAUAUUCAGCAAAUACCGGAAACGGAUAACGGAACCCAAGGUAACAUUCUGGGAGCUUGGUCUCGAAGCACGGGGAAAACACUUAGUACUUUUAAGGAUCCUCUCGAGUUUGUAAAUCAAAUCUGCGAUUAUUCUCAGAAACCACAAGAAAACCAAUUGUCAAUUUAUCAAAAACAUCUACAUCACCUUGCAUUGACUCGAGGAAUACAAAACAAAAGGAUUCCAAAUCUACGAACCUUUACUCUUGAUAUUCCAGAACCUCUGGUCCUGGACCCAGAUAUCGAAUCAAAUACCUCGUUUGUCAUUCAAAACCCCACUAACGUAGCUAACCAGGUCAAUCAAUUAGAGAUUGCACAGCCAUCACCGGUUAUUCAAGAGCAUCCACAAGUUUUACACAGAAGUGUUAAACAGAAGAUACCUGUCCUUUCCUCAGAACUAGAGUGUGCUACUUCCAAACCUACUACACAUAGUAAAAUGACGGGUGCUUCACAUGUAUCGAUUGCCUAUACAAAUUUAGCAGAGUAUCAGGAUUCAAUUGUAGAAGACAUGGUCGAUGACGUAUUGACUGAAACGAGCUGUAUUGAACAAAAUGUAUUUUCUGGAACUACAGCAGAGAAAGAGUUCUCUACUAAUUCAAAAGCUCUGGAAGAGGCAAAUCAUUCAGGGCAGAUAGGAGAAAGUUCUAUGGAGGAAAAAUCACCGAUGGUUGAAGUUACGUCAAGUGGAAUAUUGUUGUCGCAAGAUGUUGAUUAUGACGAGCAAGGUGACUUUUCAGAUUUAAGUUCAGACGAAAUUAUAACAACUAGUCCAAACUCUAAAGAACAAGCAAACAAAUUAGUUAUUUCUUUAUUGAACCAGGCAGAUGUCUGGGCGGAUCAAUUGUUUGAUCUUUUUCAAAAAAUGAAAAUAAACUUCUCGGAAACCUGUCAGAUCGCUCAUGAUUUGUACGAAUCAUUAGUUCAGUCCCAGAAAGUAAUCGAAUGUAUGGCGAAUGCAUCAGAAAAUUUGCGAGCAUUGAAGAAUGGCAAAGUAGCUGUAGUGACGUCUAAAGAGGUUACGAUGGAAGUUCAAAAAAUAGCUGAAGACGAUCAAGCUGAGAGAAAAGAGGAAGAAAACUCUGAUGUCAGUAUGGAGGAAGACAAAGAAGAUAACGAUGCGGACUCUAAAAGUAGCGAAAAUGAUGAUGAUUGUGAUAGAGGCAUCAGAGAUGUGAAAGGCCAGGAUAGUCAUAAUGAGGUUCCGAGAAAGAUUCGUGGCCACAUUCGAUCUUUCGUAUUACCUCCGGAAUACGAUCCAGAUGACACCAGAUGGACACUGAAGUAUCGUGAGAAUGACCCGAAACUUAACCUGGUUGAACUUGUUCCUAGAAGCAAUGUGUUUGUAAACUCUCUGAAACUAGCGCAUUGUAAGCUUACUGCAAAAGAGAGUAAAGAGUUAGCUCGAAUGUUAUUCGUAGAAGUUUUUUCCCAGAGUGCGUUAAGUGUUUGUUCAUUAACGGGUGUCAAAGCGAACGCUUUCGAUAUAAGCGGCACACAUGUCAGACCUGGAUUAGACGAGAACGCGAGAAUGACUAUAUUAACGUUCGUUAAAGAUCAUUCUGUUAAAAAACAUUGGGCCACGUUCGACUCGCAAAGUAUCAUUAAUAGCUUACGCAGUAAACUUCAGGAUAUAAGAGCUAAGCAUGGUAAAACAGCGUGAAGCUUUUUUCUUGAUAAUUUUUUGUUUAAAUCGGCCACGGCCUAUUUAUUGUUUAUCGGCCUUAAGUAUAAGUUUGAUUUAAAAUAUUAAGGAUACAUAUACAUAUAUAUACUAUUGUUACUAUCAGAAUCUUUCAAUCCUUCAUGGAAAAAGUGUAUGUUUUGACUUUAAUAAAAAUAUAUUUUCAUUGAUUUUUGAUGUAUUAGCACACAAAUGAUAUAUUUUUGACAAGUGUGCUAAAAAUUAAUCUAUACUUAUUUCUUAUCUUUUAAAACGCUCUUUACAUAAAUGUUAAGGUCCUUAUUUAUGGAAAGCAGCUUUUAAUACACCAGUACACCAAAAAGGUGAUAAAGCGAAUAAUGAUCGUCCCAUAUCAAAACUGUGUCUUAUUGCUAAAGUAUUUGAAAAAAUAGUAUAUGAAUGAGUUCACGUAGCUGUUAAACCGCAACUAAUUUCGGAAUAACAUGGUUUCUUAAAAAAUCGUUCAAUGACAUCUAAUUUAAUUGCUGCCAAUAUCACAGAAGGUAUGGACCACGGUAAACAGGUUGAUGUCAUCUAUACUAAUUACAGUAAAUGCUUUGUAAAUUGUCAAUCGCCUGAAGGGCAGGACGGAAGCUCACCGGAGUGAGCGAAGUACGAAGUAGCGGUGAAGGCGGUUUUUUUACCUUAGUCUGUUGUUUACUAUUUUUGGCCGCGUGAGCGGCUUUUAAUUUGUCGUUUGCUGUUGUGAUUGAAUCAUCCGGAUCCAUUAGUACGUGUCGGGACCUCCUGCGAGCCUUUUUAGUCGGGAAGGCGUAGUAAUUGAUGCUUUUACGCACCAGUGGGUGGGGAUGGUGUUUAGCCUUGUCGAAGUGGCGCUUGGACGCCAACUUCAUCAAUUGGGCUAUGGUAGGGAGCUCCAGGUCGUAGUGGAGAUCGACGUUUCUCACGUAAAAGUGUGCACCGGUCGCAAUUCUCAUGAAACGCGACUGUAGCACAGGUAGCCGGUGGAUAUGCGAGGGGGCACAGUGCGCGAAGACUACGCUAGCGUAGGUCAUGCACGGUCGGGCGCACGUACCGAUACGGUAGUGGGGCGACAUCAGGUGCACGUGCAUACACGUGCACAUGCCGAUAGCUCUCG